GACAGAUAUAAUACGGCCCUCGUGAAGUCCGAUGUCUAGUGCUUCGGUGGUGGAGAGCUCCGUUGAUCCCCCAGCCAAGAAGCGACGCGUUGCUGCCACCACGGCAGAAGGAGCCGACGACCUCGCGGCAAUCGCAGACAUGGCGAAAAAUGGUUCGACCUCCCGGCCUCUGGCUGAAAUCGACGAGGGAUUAUAUUCCAGGCAGCUCUAUGUUCUCGGUCACGACGCCAUGCGUCGCAUGGCAUCCUCCGAUGUUCUUAUUAGUGGCCUAGGUGGGCUUGGAGUCGAAGUUUCCAAGAACGUCAUCCUCGGCGGUGUCAAGUCUGUAACUCUUCACGACAAUGCCGUGUGUCAAAUUGCCGAUCUUGGAUCCCAAUUUUACCUCACUGAAGCUGAUAUAGGCAAGAAUCGCGCAGCAGCUUGUUGUCAACGCUUGUCAGAACUCAAUAACUACGUUCCAACUCGUCACCAUGAUGGUGAGCUGAGCGAAAGUUUCCUUAAGAAAUUCAAGGUCGUGGUCCUGACUGAAACUUCCCUUAGUGAACAACUGCGUAUCGCCGAAAUUACUCGCGCCAACGGCAUUGCCCUGAUUAUUGGAGAUACUCGUGGUCUCUUUUCUCAGGUGUUUUGUGAUUUUGGUGAGUCAUUCACAGUCGUCGAUACCAAUGGCGAACCUCCAAUCAGUUCGAUGGUUGCCAGCAUCUCCAGAGAUGCCGAAGGUGUUGUCACUUGUCUUGAUGACACUCGUCACGGCAUGGAAGAUGGCGAUUACGUCACAUUCUCCGAAAUUCAAGGAAUGACCGAGUUGAAUGCCUGUGAGCCCAAAAAGAUAAAAGUGCUCGGUCCUUACACCUUCAGCAUUGGUGAUACCAGCAAAUACGGUGAAUACCUUCAAGGCGGCAUCGUAACUCAAGUUAAAAUGCCCAAGAAUUUAUGUUUUGCUCCUCUUGCCGAAUCUUUGAAGAAGCCAAAGUUCAUUGUCACCGACUUUGCUAAAUUCGAUCAUCCAGAACAGCUUCAUAUUGCUUUCCAGGCACUUCAUCGCUACCAGGAGGAAAAGGGAAGGCUGCCAAAGCCUUGGAAUGUGGAGGAUGCUAAGGAAUUUGCCAACCUCGCUAAUGCCAUCAAGACAGAGUUGGGAUUAGAGACAGAACUCAACCCCGAAUUCAUUGAACUCUUCGCCAAAAUAAGUGCCGGUGAUUUGAACCCAAUGAACGCAACAAUAGGAGGAAUAGUCGCGCAGGAAGUGAUGAAGGCCUGCUCUGGCAAGUUCCAUCCGAUUUAUCAAUGGCUCUACUUUGACUCCAUCGAAAGUCUGCCGGCAGAUCGCUCAGAAAUCACCGAGGAUGACUGCAAACCAAUUGGUUGUCGCUACGACUCUCAAAUAGCAAUUUUCGGUCGCACUUUCCAAUCAAAGAUUGGAAAAUUAAAGUACUUUGUGGUUGGCGCUGGUGCUAUUGGUUGUGAACUCUUGAAGAAUUUUGCGAUGAUGGGUGUUGGAACCGAAGGUGGUUGCAUUACCGUUACUGAUAUGGACUUUAUUGAGAAGUCGAAUCUGAAUCGUCAAUUCUUAUUCAGACCAUCGGACGUUCAGAAGGCUAAAUCUUCAACAGCAGCCAGAGUCAUCAAGGGAAUGAAUCCGGAGGUGAAGAUUGUCGCUCACGAGAAUCGGGUUUGUCCCGAAACAGAGAAAGUCUACAAUGACGAGUUUUUCGAGGCCUUAGACGGAGUUGCUAAUGCUUUAGACAAUGUCGAUGCUCGAAUUUACAUGGAUCGCCGCUGCGUCUACUAUCGCAAACCCCUCUUGGAAUCUGGAACAUUGGGAACAAAGGGAAAUACUCAAGUCGUCGUGCCAUUCUUAACAGAAUCCUACAGCUCCUCUCAAGAUCCACCAGAGAAAAGUAUUCCUAUAUGCACCUUGAAAAAUUUCCCAAAUGCCAUCGAGCACACUUUGCAGUGGGCUCGCGACAAUUUUGAAGGACUGUUUCGUCAGGCUGCUGAGAAUGCUGCACAGUAUAUUUCUGAUCCUCAGUUUAUUGAUAGAACUUUGAAAUUGCCGGGUGUUCAGCCAUUGGAAGUUUUGGAGUCUGUGAAGACGGCGUUGGUAGAUGAGAGGCCUAGAAAUUUCGAAGACUGCGUCGCUUGGGCCCGUUGUCACUGGCAAGAGCAGUACAAUAAUCAGAUUAGACAACUUCUUUUCAACUUCCCGCCGGAUCAAGUAACAUCCAGUGGACAACCCUUCUGGUCUGGACCUAAACGCUGUCCUGUGCCAUUGACCUUUGAUGUCAAUGAGCCACUGCAUUUAGAUUAUAUCGUUGCUGGGGCCAAUUUGAAGGCGACCGUUUAUGGAGUUCCAACUAACAGAAAUCGGGAGGAUAUUGCGAAAAUUGUUAACGCCGUGAAAGUUCCAGAAUUCACGCCAAAGUCUGGCGUCAAGAUUGCCGAAAACGACUCUCAGGUACAGGUCUCCAACGGGAGUGGAAACGUCGAUCAUGAGCGUUUAACUCAGCUUCAGGACGAAUUACCCAAGGUCGACGAAUUGAACGGUUUAAUAAUAAUUCCCCAAGAUUUCGAGAAGGACGACGACACCAAUUUCCACAUAGAUUUUAUCGUAGCAGCUUCUAAUCUCCGUGCCGCCAACUACAAGAUCCCCGCAGCCGACAGACACAAGAGCAAGUUGAUUGCCGGAAAAAUUAUCCCAGCCAUCGCCACCACGACUUCCGUCGUCGCCGGUUUAGUUUGCUUCGAGAUGAUUAAACUGGCCCGAGAUGUGAGAGACAUCUCCGUUUACAAAAACGGUUUCGUUAAUCUCGCUUUGCCGUUCUUUGGUUUCUCGGAGCCCAUCGCUGCUCCCAAACUCAAGUAUUACGAUACCGAAUGGACCUUGUGGGACAGAUUUGAAGUCAGCGGCGAACUCACCCUCAAGGAAUUCCUGGACUAUUUUAAGAACAACCACAAUCUAGAAGUGACUAUGCUCUCCCAAGGAGUUUGUAUGCUCUACUCGUUUUUCAUGGCAAGGCCCAAAUGCAUGGAGCGCAUGUGUUUAUCAAUGUCGGAGGUUGUCAAACGAGUCUCGAAGAAGAAGCUUGAACCACACGUUCGUGCUCUUGUUUUCGAACUCUGCUGCAACGAUGACUGCGGAAAUGAUGUAGAAGUUCCCUAUGUGCGUUACACCUUGCCCUGAUUUCAGGAAUCCACGAAUCAGAUUAAGAAGUAAUUACUUAACUUAAUAGUCGUAGCCAUUUCUACAAAUUUCUAUUUUACAGUACAAUACAGGAAAAUAUUAAUCUCCGUCUAUGUAAGACUCUCGAAUAAGGAUGCAGAUUGAUUUUUGCUACUGCUUUAUAGCGUUCUUAUAACGGGCGAGUUGCGGAUAUCUAGCUCGAAUCUCUUACAUUGAAUUCUUGAAUGAUUUUCCCUUCGAUCAUCGGCGUCAAGCAGCGUCAAGUUAGAUCCUCCAUCUUGUCAUUUUACCUUUUUUUUUCGAAAUUAACGAUAAUUAACGAUAUCAUUUUUCGGUUACUCUUAAUUUGCGGUUUUGUAAUUCUGAUUUACACUGUAUGCAGUGCUCAAUAUUAUUAAAGUUGUUAAGAAAUAACCUUGUACAAAGAAUUGUAUUUCCUGACCACUAGGCUCUGAGAAACGAAUAGAGUCCUGUCUACAUAAAAUAAACUCAGUCUCGAGUAGGUAGUGUGGUCAAAAACGUUGUUUUCCUUUUUUUUUUUAAUCUUUUGAAAAUUCGAAUCUUUAAAGAUUUCGAAAUUUUUCAAUCACUCAAUUUUGCUUUUCAAAAUAGAACAUAGCAUUAUUCUGACUGAAGUUGUUUUAUCUGUUUAGGGCUCAAUCCACAUUAUUUAUAAGACUAAAAUACACGAGUGAAAUUUUGUAAAGUAAAAAAAAAAUGAGAAAAGUAAAGAAAAAGAUAUAAAAAGCGAAGGGGAAAAAUUAUAGGGAAAUAAUGAAGAGAAUUGUCAUGGUAAGAAUCACUUUACUGAUCUAUGUAUAGAGUAUACUGUAAAUUAAUAAAUUAUAUGAGACUCGUAGAAAAAUACCGCUAGAUUUCUAAAAUAAAUAGAUGUUGUGGAAGUGAACAAUAUCUUAUAGAACUUGCAAUAUAUAUAUCAUUGUCUUGCCUACACUUCUUCAGUUACGGGCAUAAACUGAGCACUUUAUUCAUUGCUCUUCAAUUUAGUUACUGAAUGCUACGAAAUUUGGUUCUGUUUCUGUGAUUACUUAACAAAUUGUAUAACGUUUUUAUUUUUAUUUUCAAAUUACUUUUCCAGAUUUGAUUAUCGGUAUCUGCUUCUUGUUAUUAUUUUUUUUGGGCACUUAAGAAUCAUAAGACUAUUGUGUGAUACUGCAUUUAAAUUUGUAAAAACCUUGGAAAGCCUUUUUUAAAAAGGAAAUUAAACUUUUUAGAGAAAAACGAGGAUGAUAUUUUAUUCUAGAAUAAUGCGUAAAUUGUAUUAAAUGUGAUUGGAUUUGGAAAUUUAUGAAAUAUAACGGUGAUAAUAAAUACGCUAA